GAUUGAGUGGGAACAGAACAAAUUUGCAUAAACCAAAAUGUAUGGUCUAAUGACCAUUUCUCAAUUCUCCUUAAACCUAAUCCAACUGUCCCAUCCCCAUUUCUAACUUAAAUUCUGCCGAUUCAAAUUCUCAUUUUCUCUAUUUCAUGCUCUGCAACCUUCUCCAGUCUCAAACUAAGUAAAGUGUAAAUUAUGUGAACUGGGAGAGGUUUGUUAGAAGUGAGAUAUUGCAGAGAAAGACAUGAGUUGCGGUUGUUUCGGUAGAUCAGUUGUUCAGCGUAAACGGAGCACCGCUCAGGCCAACGGCGGUAUAGACGAGCAAUUGCUUCGGAGAGUCAAUCAUUUCUCAUACAAUCAAUUAAGAUCAGCCACAGAUGAUUUUCAUUCAAGCAAUAAAAUAGGGUAUGGAGGUUUUGGAACCGUUUACAAGGGAAUUCUAAAAGAUGGAACUGAAGUUGCCGUGAAGACACUUGCUGCACAAUCAAAACAGGGAGCUCGUGAAUUUUUGACGGAGAUCAAUACUAUAUCAAAUGUCAAGCAUCCAAACCUUGUCGAGCUGAUCGGGUGUUGUAUUGAAGGAGCGAACCGGAUAUUGGUCUAUGAAUAUGUUGAAAAUAAGAGUCUUGAUAAAGUUUUGUUAGAUCAAAGGAGUACAAAUAUCAAAUUGGAUUGGAGCAAGAGGUCAGCUAUUUGUAUAGGUAUUGCUAGGGGUCUUGCCUUCCUUCACGAAGAACUUGUUCCGCAUAUUGUUCAUAGAGACAUCAAAUCUAGUAACAUACUUCUUGACAAAGACUUUAACCCUAAAAUUGGAGAUUUUGGGUUGGCAAAACUUUUUCCAGAUAAUAUCACUCAUAUUAGUACCAGAAUAGCGGGAACAACUGGUUAUCUAGCCCCAGAAUAUGCUUUGGGUGGUCAGUUAACCAUGAAGGCUGAUGUUUAUAGCUUUGGUGUCCUUGUACUUGAAAUCAUUAGUGGCCGAAGCAGCUCAAAGACUGACUGGGGAGGCACGGGGAUGCUACUCUUGGAAUGGGCAUGGCAGCUCCAUGAAGAAGGCAAGCUCCUCGAGCUCGUGGAUCCUGAGCUCGGAGAAUUUCCGGAUGAAGAAGUCCUUAGGUACAUGAAAGUAGCCUUUUUCUGCACGCAAGCAGCAGCCAAUCGAAGGCCUUUAAUGAGCCAGGUUAUUAAAAUGCUGGGACGAAAUGUUCGGCUGAACGAUAAAGAACUUAUGGCACCAGGAUUCUUUCAAGAUGGAGUGGCAUCUUCGAGUAAGAAGUCGAUCGAAUCGUCUGCCACAUCAACCAGCAUUCAGAUGAGUUCUGUUCCUGUCACUAUCACUGACGUUACCCCCAGGUGAAAACCCAAACGUUCAUUUUCUUUUCCUUUUUUUCUGGCUAUGUAGCCUUGAAAGCAUAGCUAGAGGGCAUGGAGUAGUAGACCUUUUUUAAAUAAGAAAAUGAAGCUGAAAGCCUGAUGUUGGCGCGGUAUA